AUGGGGAUCAAGGCACCUGCUCAGGAAAAGAGCAAGGUUCCGCCAGAACUUGAGGCAUUUGAAGAGGGCAUUAUCAAGCUAGACGGGCGCUACCAGGUGCCGCUGAUGUUAAAGGAUCCAGGAAUACCUGCCGGCAGCGACAAUCGAUGGUUGGCGGAGCGCCGUCUGCAAGCACAAUUAAAUAGGUUCAGACCACAGCCCGAACUCCUCAAGCAGUAUGACACGGCAAUCAGAGCGUAUUUUAACGAGGACCACGCAGAGCGAGUUGAAGAAAAGCUACUGCCAAGAGAAAAUGUGUAUUAUAUGCCUCAUCAUGCCGUCAUACGAAGAGAGGCCGUUACGACAAAACUUCGGGUGGUGUUUGACGCUUCCUCGCACGCGCUUGGCCAUCCCUGCCUGAAUGAUGUCCUGUUCAAGGGUACGAAGCUUGGAGUUGACAUUGUGCAGCUGCUACUCACCUUCCGAUGUCACCCGGUAGUCCUUAUCGCGGACAUCAAAAAGGCAUACUUGCAGAUGCUUAUUCGCCCGGAAGACUGCGACGUGCUGCGAUUCCUCUGGAUUGACCGGUUGCCCUCGGAUCAAGAUCCAUCUCCAUCUGUGGUGACGUGGAGAAUGACGCGGGUCCCGUUCGGAGCCUCGUCUAACCCAUUUGUGCUCGCAGCUACCAUUCGACAUCACCUAGCACUCUGUCGAGAACAACAUCCUGAGACUGUAGCAUUACUAGAGAAAGCCUUUUACGUCGAUGACCUUAUCGUGGGGCUUCCGAAUGUGGACGAAGCUGCCACAGUGUACAAUGAAGCACGCAAGAUAUUCUCGGAAGCAAGCAUGGAACUGCGCAAAUGGGCUUCCAAUGCACAUGCCUUGCGAAAAAUCUUCCUUAGAGACAAGAUUGCUUUUGAAAACGAAGCCGGAGAGAGUACCCUAAUCAAAGUCCUCGGUGUACCUUGGGAACGUGAAGGCGACAGAAUUGUCCUCAUGGUGCGCGAAGCGUUGGACUUCGCUGCGAACAAGCCUUCGACCAAGCGCAUUGUGCUCCAGACGUUAGCAAGAGUGUACGAUCCGUUGGGGUAUCUAGCUCCAUUUUCGCUCAGGGCAAAGCUACUGUUUCAAGACUUGUGGAAGAAGAAAUGCGCAUGGGACGAUGCCCUCCCGCCAGAAGAACAAGCAAGCUGGAACAGUUGGCGCACCGAAUUGGCCAGCAUGAAUCCAUAUUCCGCCGAUCGUUACGUAUUCCUGCAAUCAGUUGAUGCAACGAUUUCAAUCGAACUACACGUGUUCUGCGACGCAAGUCCCAGAGCAUAUGGUACCUGCAUCUACGCACAGGCGCUCUCACCAAACGGCGCCUGCAACUCACAGCUCCUCAUAAGCAAGAGCCGUGUUGCCAGCUUUCACGAUGAACCUACCGCCGGUCGCCUUCAAGUGACAGGCACAUACGAUCGCGUCCGGCGCCGUUUUCUCUGGGCUGGCCUCUAUCCCUCUGUGCAAAAGUACGUCACCAGCUGCAACUAUGUCAAGGUUGAAAACCAUGCUUCCAGCCAGCCCCCUUCUCCCUACGGACAUCCCCGCUGA